AUGUCCUUGCAAUUUGUCGCAUGCGUCCUUUCAAGCACCUGUGCCUGGGCGACCGAGUAUCACUGGAUCUACCAGCAGGGAUCUUCUGCUGAAGAUGCAAUCAGAUCUGCGACCAGUGACUCUGCAGGGGACAUUGUUGGCAGCGGGUACACACUGGGAGAUUUCUCAACAGCAAAUGAAGGUCAACAAGACAUAAUUGUGGUCAAGGUCAGCAGCACAGGAGCAUUGCUGUGGAGUGUGCAGAAAAGCACGGAAUACGAAGAGCGCUCCUAUGCUGUGAGCGUAGAUUCUUCGGACAGCAUCUUUGUUGCUGGUUACACAUUUGGCGAGAUGGACCUUGAGGCCAAUGCUGGGACGUCAGAUGUCUUGCUCGUGAAGUUCGAUUCGGCUGGAACCCAACAGUGGACUGUCCAGAGAGGCUCGCCAUUCUUUGAGAGCAGCCGCGGUAUGGCCUUGGACGUCUUGGUUGGCGACGCCUCCGGGGAAAUUGACAGUCAAAGCUUUGCUGGGAUGACUGACUUUCUAAUCAUGCGAUUUGACAAAGACGGUGUGUGGCAAUGGACCCGCACAAGGGGCUCCACGGAUGCUGAUCAUGCCUUUUCGGUUGCAGUGGACUCUGCCGGCAACAUAAUUGUGACUGGGGAGACCUAUGGUAGCAUGGACAGCCAGAGCCAUUCUGGAGGGGCUGAUUUCGUUGUGGUGAAGUACGACAGCAGUGGAAACUGGCUCUGGACAAGUCAAAACGGCACAAGUGCCGACGAAUAUGCCAGAGUCGUGCAGGUGGAUUCCAGUGACAAUGCUUAUGUUGCGGGCAUUGCGACGGGCUCGUGGCCAGGCUAUAGCCUUCACGGCUUAGCUGAUGUUCUCCUAAUGAAGCUCACGGGCGCAGGUGACUUCGCGUGGGCUAUACAACGCGGAUCCACUGCAUAUGACGAGGUGACCUCCAUGGAUUCAGCAAGCAGCCAGAUCUUCGUAUGCGGCUACACCACUGGGGACUUGGAUGGGCACGCCAACAGCGGACAGUUUGACAUGUUCGUGAUGCAGCCGCCGCCUCAGCACGUCCUGCUGACUCCCAAUCCCUUCACCCUGGUACAUGUCUGA